UCUCAUUUUCAGACAUAAAUUUUACUGUAGGAUAAUUGCGGAAAACAAGGAGUAUUGUAGUGUAAUUGGGAAAGUGGGUGAAAAACGGAUAAUCCGUUUUGCGAUGUUUGCGUCAAUCUAUGAGGCUGCUCGGCAAUCUGCCAUUAAGAACCGCAAGGCACACUGCGAGGAAGAUCGUGGGAUUGCCGCCGUGGCGCCUCUUGUGACCGGCCGCCAGAUUGCCGCCGCGGCCACAGCCACUACCGAGGGAGAUUCCUGUGAAUUUGGAUCCCCCAAGUACUAUGCCCUGUGCUGUGUGGGUGGUGUUCUGUCGUGUGGAUUGACACACACUAUGGUGGUGCCCUUGGAUUUGGUCAAGUGCCGUCUUCAGGUGGAUUCUGCCAAGUACAAGAACCUCUUCACGGGCUUCAAGAUCACUGUCAAAGAGGAGGGAGCACGUGGAUUGGCCAAGGGUUGGGCUCCAACCUUCUGGGGCUACUCAGCUCAGGGUCUCUGCAAAUUCGGCUUCUACGAGAUCUUCAAAGUGUACUAUGCUAAUUUGAUUGGUGAAGAGAAUGCAUACCUGUACCGUACUUCACUGUACUUGGCUGCCUCAGCCUCAGCUGAAUUCUUCGCUGAUAUUGCCCUGUCUCCCUUCGAGGCAGCCAAAGUGAAGAUCCAAACUACAGCUGGUUAUGCCAACACAUUCCGUGAGGCUGCACCCAAGAUGUUCCAGGAGGAGGGCAUCACGGCCUUCUACAAGGGUCUCGUACCACUAUGGAUGCGGCAAAUUCCAUACACCAUGAUGAAGUUUGCAUGCUUCGAGCGCACCGUGGAAGCUCUUUACCAAUAUGUGGUGCCCAAGCCACGGGCAGAUUGCUCCAAAUCCGAGCAGUUGGUGGUUACCUUUGCUGCUGGCUACAUUGCCGGUGUUUUCUGCGCCAUUGUCUCCCAUCCAGCUGAUGUGGUUGUGUCCAAGUUGAAUCAAGCUAAGGGAUCGUCUGCCAUUACGGUUGCACGCAACUUGGGCUUCAUGGGAAUGUGGAAGGGUCUAAUGCCACGUAUCAUCAUGAUUGGUACGCUGACAGCUCUUCAGUGGUUCAUCUAUGACGGCGUUAAAGUGGCCCUCCGUCUGCCACGUCCACCACCACCUAGCAUGCCCGAAUCGCUCAAGCAAAAGCUCGAGGGUGCAAAGUAAGAGGGGGAAAGAUGAAUUAGAACUAUCGUAAAUUAAAUUAAACAAAUUAACGAGAUAUUGAAGAAAGACCAGUGGCAUUUCUUCAAGGAGAAAAUAACUACUAUUUCCUGCAAAAUAUUCAAACAUUCUACGGAAGCGCAGUAUUUCUGUUCGAAUCUUCAGCAAUUCCAUGAAUUACCUCCUUGAGGCUAAUUCACUCAGCGCAUUUCAUCUUUUAAUUAACUCUAUAAAACAAAACAGUGUAAAUGUUUUAUUUUUGUUUGAGAAUUUCUUUGUAGAUCGAAUGUAGAAUGAUCAUUCUUGAUUGAGGUGUCAAUAAAAUCGAGCAGAAUGUUACAA